AUGUCAGGUGCCUCCUCUAGCACAGCUAGCAAUGACGACACCCUGGAGCUUGAAGCCGCUGGCUACGUUCAAGCCAUGCCGCGUCGCUUCUCGCUCUGGUCCCUUGGCGCACUGUCGUUCACUCUGACCUGUACAUGGCUCGGAACGGGCUCCUCAAUCGGAAUCAGUUUGACCGAGGCGUCUUCAGCUGGAACUCUGUGGUCGUUACCUAUCGCUGGCGUGAUGACUACCAUCGUGUCGCUGGGUAUGGCUGAGCUCGCAUCUGCUUAUCCUGUUGCCGGGGCGCAGUACUAUUGGUCUUUUAUGGUCGCGCGAGAUGACUACAAGCCUUUCGCAUCAUAUCUAAACGGGUGGAUGAGUGUUAUUGGCUGGUGGCUUGCCUCGAGCUCAGUCUCCAACUUCGUCUCAUCCAUGAUCCUCGAUAUCGUCGGCGCAUGGCAUCCAGACUGGGAUCAAAAGCGAUGGCAUCAGUAUCUGAUAUACGUCGCUCUAAUCUGGAUCGCCACAGCUGCCAACACUUUCACCGCACAGUGGAUUCCUCUUUUCAACAAGAUGGUCUUUAUCCUCUCGGUCCUGACUCUAAGUGCGACGACGAUAACACUCUUUGUUGUAACGAAAGACCAUGCGUCAGCUGAGUUCAUCUUUACAGAUACUACCAACCGAACAGGUUGGUCAAGUGAUGGAUUUGCAUUCACGUUGGCGGUCGGCAAUGCGGUCUAUGCAUUUUUAGGAAGUGAUUGCGGAGCUCAUCUCUGCGAAGAGAUUCCCAAUCCAGCCAAGAACGUGCCUAAGGUCAUGAUAUAUCCGUUGCUCAUGGGCUUACUAACCGCAUUUCCCUUUGCAGCGUCUCUCAUGUACGCGAUCUCUGACUUGCCAGCCGUACUCAACACGACGACCGGGUUGCCGCUCUUUGAGAUUUACUAUCAAGGAACAGGAUCUCGACCAGCGGCGUCAGUGCUGAUGUCGCUGUUCGCGUUCUGCUUCUUCGCCAAUCUCGUCGCCAAUGGUAAGCUCGUUUCCCUCGACAAAGCCUGUGCUGACCUUGUAGCGACCACGUCAUCACGGACGCUCUGGGCCGUUUCGCGUGACGGUGCCUUGCCAUACUCCCAGUUUUGGGGCCGCGUUCAUUCGAGGUUUCAAGUUCCUGUCAACGCACUCCUUCUUUCUGCUGUUUUCAUUACUCUAUACGGUCUCAUCUUCCUCGGUUCGUCAACCGCAUUUUCUGCUAUGGUCAGCGCGGCCAUCAUCUUUCUCCAAACUUCCUGUGUCAUUCCUCAAGCUGUUCUACUUUACCGAGGGCGCGAUCGUGUCUUGCCAAUUCGAUACUUCAGUCUCGGCAAAUACGGCGCCGCGAUUAACGGCAUCUCAGUCGCAUGGGUAGUAUUUCUUGAUAUCCUGUACUGUUUCCCCACUACCAUGCCCGUUACGCCUGAGAACAUGAGCUAUGUCUCCGUCGUCUUCACCGGACUGGUAUCGUUUGUCAUAGCCCUUUGGUUCACCACCAAAAAGGGCUCCUUCACGGGACCUCAGAUCAAUCUGGAUCUUCUCAAUGCCAGACGUAUGGCGGCUGUUCAGACUUUGGAAGGAACUUGCCCGACGGCUGAAUACCAUGCCCUUCGAAGUUCAGAGAUCGUGAAGGAGGAUUAG